AUGUGCGGCGGCCCCAGCUGCUGGGGAGUUCGCAGGUACCGUCCUCGAUCUCCUCGCAGGGAUCUCUCGUACUAACAUGCCCUGGCCGCGACUUACGUGGGAGCAAUGCCUUCUCGGCAUGGACUUACCGGCCCACCUGCUAGGCUUCCAGCGAACGUGGUCGCUUCUUCGUGGUUCGGUGCUCUGGGUCCUCUGGCUGCGGCGAGACGCUCAGGUCUUUCAAAAUGCGACCUGGCCGACCCCUCAGCUGGAAAGCUCGAUCUGGGAUGCCGUGCUGGACUUAGCCAGAAUGGCUUCGGAUCGCUCCAUCUCGCUCAGUCGCCAGCCGCCCCAGGCGGGCCAAAAAGCGCGGCUCGCACUCUGCAGGUGUUGGGCCAGCACUGCCACCCUUUGCUCUCAUCAGGGAGAUUCCAUUCACUGGAAUUACAUUCGGCCAGUGUGUGGGGUGUUUAGGUAAUCAGCGUUUGUCUAUGUAUUAUUAGGUCGAAAAUUUUUUAUAAAGGUAUCGCCGGCGAGUUUCACCUUGCCAGGUUUUGCGGUGAUGAUGUAUUUUCACUCUUGCAAUGGAAAUGUCACCAUUUGUCUCAAAAAGAAAAGAAAAAGGAAAGAGCAACUUAAUAUUUCCCGACCGAACUCUAAUCCAUACAGCCAUUGGUCUGCUCAUCCACCAUUGAAAUUUCGGGCGAAAUUGCUAAUUCGAAAUAGAGCCUGCCAUAGUUAGUACCAUACCUCGUCAAGGGGGGAACGGAGGACUUUCGGCGAAUCUUGGCCUCUUGGGCAGAGGAAAGAUCGGGAACGAAACACUGAAGUUCCGAGGGCGAGCGGCAUCCUACAUCACGCCGGUCCCGAAUUCUGACAGAGGCAAUCUUGACAGGGGGAGGCGCAGGCAUGGACGCCCAAGGAAUUUUGGCACGAUCAGUGCCUCGCGCUGCGCACAUGAGUCUCCUUGCUGUGACCGCUUCCGUUCCCCGGCCUCUUCGCCAGCUGACUUGUGGAGCUUGCGGCAAGAUCGAGGCCGCGUUCACGAUUCAAAAGGGCGUCAGUGGUCCUCAGAAAUUUGGGAUGGCAGGGUUUGAGGUCUUUCUCGUUACCUCUGGUGCGGUCAUUCGAAGCUUCACGCAAGGAUUCCCUCGGACCGAAGAGAGGGUUGUCGUCCGCCCCCCAGGCAGUUCUCACUGCCCCCACUCCCAAAGAGCGAAUCCAGAAAUGGCGAAGCAACAAGGUUAUGAGGUAAUUAGCGAGCAGUUCAUAGACGAGUACAACUCGACAGCAAUUCUCUAUCGACACAAGAAAACCGGAGCUGAAAUUAUGUCUGUGUCAAAUAGCGAUGAGAAAAAAGUAUUUGGAAUUGUCUUCAGAACACCAGCUCAAGAUUCUCUCUUUGGGAUCCCCCACAUCCUACAGCGCAGUGUUAUGUGUGGGUCUAGGAAAUACCCGUUGAAAAAUCCCGUUGGAGAACUUUUCAAGAGCAGUUUAUAUGCCUACGCAAGGAGGGGCAUUGAGAUUGAUCGGACUUCCUUUAGUGUAGCUUCGACCAAUUUACAGGACUUUUACAAUCUGGUGGAUGUACAUCUGGAUGCUGUUUUUUUCCCACGUUGUGUAAAUGAUGUACAAAUAUUCCAACAAGAGGGAUGGCAUUACGAGCUCAAUGAGUCCUCAGAAGAUAUGACCUACAAAGAAUUCAAUCACUCGAAGGGUUUGUAUUCUGAGCCAGAGUUCAUAAUGGCCCAGUUUUCCCUGCAGGCCUCGUUUCCUGACAACACCUAUGGUGUGAACAUUGGAGGCGAUCCGACUGUUAUUCCCGACUCGACCUUUGAGCAGUUUCAGGAAUUUCACCGAAAAUUCUAUCACCCAAGUAAUGCUCGCCUGUGGUUUUACGGGGAUGAUGACCCAAAUGAGCGCCUGCGCGUAAUUAGUACUUACCUCGAUAGCUUCGAGGCUAGUCAGUCCGCCAAAGAAUCUGAAGUUGGAGUACAAAAGCUAUUCACUGAACCGAAGAGAGUUGUUGAAAAGUACGCAGCGGGGGAGGCAGGCGAUACAGGGGAGAAACACUUGGUUUACAUCAGCUGGGUUCUUUGCGAUGAGCCUCUGGACGCAGAAACAGAGUUGGCUCUAGGUAUCUUGAAUCUGUUAAUGCUCGGAACUCCAGCUUCUCCUUUGGAAAAGGCACUGAUGGACAGUGGACUAGGAGAAGCACUUUUUCAUAGUGGACUAGACGACGACAUCCCUCAGCCCGCAUUUGGCAUUGGAAUGAAGGGUGUUGCCGCAGACAAGACUGUGGAGGUAGAAGAACUUUUACUUAAGACGUUGAAUAGAUUGGUGGACGAAGGAUUCACCGCUGAAGCUGUUGAGGCCUCAAUCAAUACAUAUGAAUUUUCUCUUCGGGAGAACAACACUGGCUCAUACCCGAGGGGCCUAUCCUUGAUGUUGCGCUCAGUGGCGAAAUGGGUUUACGGGGGUGAUCCUUUUGAGGCUCUCAGAUUUGCCAAGCCAUUGGAGGCCUUGAAGGAGCGCAUUGCCAACGAAGGUGUAAAAGGAGUUUUCUCACCUCUCAUCAAAAAAUUCAUUCUUGAUAACACUCACCGUGUAACCGUUGAGCUGCAGCCUGAUAUUGAAAAGGGAGGAAAGGAUGAAGCUGCCGAAGCCGAAAGACUAGCGAAAGUGAAGGCAAGCAUGACGAAAGAGGAUAUUGCGGAGCUGGUCCGUGCCACGGAGGAGCUGCGAGUGAGACAAGAGACACCAGAUCCUCCCGAAGCUUUGAGGGCUGUUCCAUGUUUGUCAUUGAAGGAUAUUCCCAAGGAGCCGAUAUAUGUGCCCAUUGCUGUGGGCGAGAUCAAUGGUGCGACCGUACUCCGACAUGACAUAUUCACUAAUGGCGUGUUAUACACCGAGGUGGCCUUCGACAUAUCUACACUGAGAGCUGAUCUUCUUCCUCUUGUGCCUUUGUUCCGCCAAUCGUUGCUUGAAAUGGGUACGAAAGAUAUGGACUUUGUGGAAUUAAGUCAGCUUAUUGGGAGGAAGACUGGGGGUAUUUCUGUGUUCGGCUGCGUCAGCUCGGUUCAUGGCAAAAAAGAAGCUUUGAGCUACCUUAUGAUCCAAAGCAAAGCCAUGGCCAAUCAAAUUGCCGAUCUUUUUAAUCUGAUGAAGGUAGUCCUGAAAGACGUUCAAUUCAACGAGCAACGAUUCCAGCAGUUAGUUUCACAACGGAAGUCAGACAUGGAGAGUCGAGUUGUCGAUGAACACUUGAUUGCUUCCAUCAGAAUGAUCGGAAUGUUGAAUGUAGAAGGAUGGUUAGGCGAACAAUGGUUUGGUGUCAGCUAUUUAAAUUAUCUGCGAUCUUUGGAAAAGCUGGUCGAAGAAGAUUGGCCAGCAGUAUGUCAGUCUUUGGAGGACAUCAGAAGUGCAGUACUUGGACGUAAAGGUGUAAUUGUAAACUUGACAGCUGAUGAAAAGAUUCUCACGAGCGCCGAACCGCAUGUAUCAAACUUUCUCGAUGCUUUUCCGGAGACAAGUGGCGACAGGACAUAUACUUGGAACCCCGUUCUUCAUCGUGUGAACGAAGGACUAGUAAUUCCCACGAAGGUUAACUAUGUGGGAAAAGCUGCGUGCCUUUAUGACGCCGGGUACGAGAUGGAUGGUUGUGUUUUUGUGAUCACGGAGUACAUUAACGAGACGUGGCUUUGGGACCGCGUACGAGUUAGCGGUGGUGCUUCCGGUUGUUCCUGUUAUUUUGAUGAGGAUUCAGGAGUAUUCUUAUAUCUGUCGGGCCGUGAUCCUAACCUGCUCAAAACUCUGGAUAAUUACGAUGGCACGGUAGAAUUCUUAAAAAAUCUUGAGUUGGAUGAUGAGGCCCUGACGAAGGCCAUAUUCGCAGCGAUUAAAGAAACGGAUUCUUAUGAGCUACCUGACGCGAAGGGUUUCUCCAGUAUGAGACAUUACAUUCAGGGUGUUACUUGGGAAAAAAGACAACAGCGACGAGAGCAAAUUCUUUCUACAAGUGUGGAGGACUUGAGAAAGUUUGGAAGCGUUCUGGAGUACGUUAGGGAUAGUGGAGUUGUUGUCGCUGUUGCAUCAGCAGAUGACAUCGCCGCAGCGAACGAGGCAAAGCCCGGUUUCCUGGAUGUUGUGAAAGUGUUGUAAAUGUAUGGGAGCGGUAGGUUCAGACCUCCGUCACAAGAGGUGCAUGUAAAAGAACGUGUAUUAUUCACUGAAUAUUAAAGGCAUUGUCCAGUCGUGGUUGUUACGA